AUGCUCCAUUACCCACCGAGUCCGCCCUCCUCGAACACCACAACCACGCCACCUCUCCGCCUCCGAACCGUCAUAUCCUACCGCGGCGCACUCAACCGCGGCAACACGCUACUCUACCUGCCCCGCCAAGUCCGAGAUCUCAUCUACACCUUCUCUCUCACCUGGGAGCCACAAUUCCACAACAUCGAAGUCCCCGACACCAAAGCUAUCCGUCUCCCCGACCUCCGCCACAUCGACCACGUCUUCUACUACGAAGUCACCGGGCUCAUUCUGCGAAACGCCGUUUUCACUAUCCCGAGCGAUGUCGCAAUCUACAACCUGUUCGUCUGGCUGAAUGAGUGGGACUGUGGCAAGGGAUAUGGUAUGCUGACGAAGCUUGAGUUGCUGGGACUGGACCUGUUCGAGAAGGACAUAUUCACUCCGAAUGGGACGAAGCUGCUGAGGUCGCUUCCGAAUCUUCGGUAUGUGGAGCUGAUGAUUGAUCUGCGCGAGCUUGCAUUUACCUUUACGCACGGCUAUCGGGAGCUGGACGUGGAUGCUAUGGCGAGGACGUACGAUAUUGCGAGUCUCGCUGCAAUGCCGCUUGCAGAGUCUGUGAGGCUGACGCUGAAGCCCUUUAUGGCGUUGGAGAAGAGGCUAAAGAAGAUAGAGCAAGAGCACGAGGAGUGUGGAGAGGGUGACGGGAAGAGAAUUGGCGGGCUGGAGACCUUUUGGGGGCUGAAGGAUUGGCUUGAGGCGCGGAGCGUCAGCGAGAUGGAAGUGCUUUGCCCAAACAUGGAAGAGCUUUUCGGGAAACCGCACGAGAGAUGCUCGGAGAAUGCUCUCGGCAGGGCAAGCGUGAGUGAUGAUCAGCACUGA